CGGAGGCGAGGGAGGUGGAUGCUAAGCGGAGCGGCGGAGAGAGAUCAGAUGUAGCACUCGGAGCGAGACUUCGAGAGAGAGAGAGACUGCGAGACAGUGAGAGAGGGUAGGGGGAAGAGAGAAAGAAAGAGAAAGCCACCCCCCUCCCCCUCUGGAAGCCUCUUCUCCACCGUCCGGAUGUCAGAUGAAAGGGAAAGCGUCUGAACGGCGCAAAGGCAGCGAGGGGUGACCGGGGCCGCUCGGAGGAUGGGCAGCCGCGGCUGGAGCAGCAUAGGCAGCCUGGCGCUGAGCGUCGGCGCCCUUCUACUGCUCACAACCGCGAUCUUCACCGACCACUGGUACGGCACGGACACCCGCCGGCACCGGCAGAGCUGCGGCGGCCCGGGGCAGCGGCGGCUGAUGCCCAUGUCAAGCCUGCCGCUCCGGGAAGCCCCCGACUCGCUGCCAGCGGGAGUCCCGGACUCGCCCACCGCCUGGCGCUCCGUGCCGGGGCUUGGAGUCCUGGAGUCGGACUGUGCGCGCCCGCUCUUCGCCACCCACACCGGGCUGUGGAGGAAAUGUUAUUACCUGGGCGUGGACCCCGAUAUCGAUCAUCUCGUCUCCAGAGGAAUUGCACAGAGAUGCACGUCUGUCAAGUAUCAUUACUCUCAGCCCCUUCGUCUGAGAAGUAUUCCUUUCAACCUCACCAAGACUAUCCAACAGGACGAAUGGCAUCUGCUGCACCUGAGGAGGAUCACAGCUGGAUUCCUGGGCAUGGCCGCCGCUGUCCUGCUGUGUGGUUGCAUUGUAGCGUCCAUGAGUUUCUUCUGGGAAGAAAGCCUCACUCAGCACGUGGCAGGUCUCCUCUUCCUAAUGACAGGAAUCUUUUGCACAAUUUCUCUUUGCACCUUCGCAGCCAGCAUUUCUUAUGACUUGUCACGCCAGCCAAAGUUUAUCUACGGGCUCCCGAGGGAUGUGGAUCAUGGUUACAGUUGGUCCAUGUUCUGUGCGUGGACCAGCCUGGGGUUAGUGAUGAUAGCAGGAUGCCUGUGCACUGCCUUUCCUUUCCUUAACAGAACCAAGACAAUCCAUCAAAAGUCCAUCAGAGAUUCCUCUGUCUAACAGACUGUUGCGACCAUCCGCAGAGUCUGGCUUUGUGUUGGGGGUGUUACCCUUGUCUUUCUCAUCCCUUGUAGGUUGUCCAAGAGUUAUUUCUUGCUAUAGAUCCAUACUCGUGUCUUUAAAACACAAAGUGGUUAGUUGAAGUAUUGCACAUUCAAUGUGAACCUAUCAAAUGCAAAAAGGACUUUAAAACAGGCAUUAAUGAUAUUGUACUCUACAUGAAGCAAACAGUAAGUCACAAACACAAGAGAUUCUGCAGGUGCUGGAGAUCCAGAGGAACACAAUUUCAAAAUGCUGGAGGAACUCGGCAGGUCAGGCCGAGCGAAAGGCAUAUUUUAUGUCAGAUUGGUGCCUCCAGCUUUCAGUUAUAGUGGUGAAACACUGCAGAUGCAGGACAUCUGAAAUUUUUGAAAAAACAGAAAGAUGUUGGAAAAUCUCAUCAAGUCAGGACCAGGAAAUUGAGUGAGGUUUCCGACGGAUGACUAAGAAGCCAUUGUUCUGAGUUGCUAAUUCUCUUUCUCCCUCUGCAGAUCCUGCCUGACCUCCUGAGGAUUUCCACCAUUUCCUGUUUUUGUGCCAGUCCUUCAUUGGUGUAUUACAAAUUCAAAAAAAAAUCAAACAGAACUAUCACAUGGGCCUGUGCUACAAAUAAAUUUUACAUUUCAGAUCAUUUUGCAGUAUCCAAUAGAGGAAAAAAUCCAUCAAUUUUAUAUAAACAGUACAUAUGCAUAAUGAAAUUGUCCCUAGCUGGAAUAAUUGAACAGUCAAUAGAAAAUUCAAAGCCAAAAAUAUAUAUUUUUCCACUCAAUUGAGAAAAAACUCAGAUUGUGCUGAAAAUGUAUCACCAAACUUGUAUCACCAUUUUAGCACUAUUUCCACCAAAGGUAAUAUCACCCUAUUAAAUUUAAAUUUGUCAGGUGUAGGGUCAAUCUGCUCUUUUAAAUUCCAAAUACUGUCUGAUAGACGUGUGUGAUUUUCUUUAUUGAUCAAUAUAUUUGAAUAAGGUCCAUCUGCAAUUAUUUCAUGGUAGCGUGCUGUCAUUUUUUUAAAAUGGUGUGUUAAAGUGAUAGUGUGUUGUCAUUUGCCUUGUGUUAAAUAACGUAAAUUUAAAUUGUGGGUAUAUAGGUAGAAUAUUCCAUCGAUGUGACACCAGGUGUAAAUUCUUUGUGCUAGCUCUUUGCUUCUGAAGAUAGUGUUUGUGUGAUAAGGUUGAAAGCUCUGUGAUCUAAAUAUUGCCUCUGCAAGUCUAGCGAAGGCAGCACUUUGUCUAAGGAGGCCUGUUAGUUCAGCAGCUUCUUUGUUUAUUGCUGGCAGCCCACGGCCGCAGGAUAAAGAACGGUGACUGUGCCGCGAGGUGCUGACGGGACCGGAGGUGGGGAUGUGAGAGGGACUUUCCUGUUUUUCCUGGCUCCCCAGCAGAGUUCAGCGGCUCCCCUGCCGAGAAGUGGCUCUGACCGACGGCACUCCAGGUGGCAGGCCAGGCAGCCAGCGGCUCAGGAGUUUCACAAAGUGGCGUCUACGUGUCUCUCCGUGACUCUGAGUAGACAUGACGCCCUCGUCAAGGUCUGCCGAGAAAGUGGGGUCACAGAGCUGGACCUUACUGUCCAGUGGGUUCAUACUGACCAUCGACCAUCCAAUCUCCUUCCCUCCGCACGCUCAUCAAAUACCCCCAAUUCUACCACAGCAGGGGCUGAUUUACAGCAGCCGGUAAACCUACCAUUCCCGGACCCUCUGAUCACAGAGCGAACAUGCAAACUCCUAACAGACAGCACCUUAGGUCAGGAUUGAACCCGGGCUGUGGGCAGCGUCUCUCCCUGUGUAAUUGGGAUGAUGACCCUGAAGGCAAUGCCCUCAUAUGGUUCACUCCAGUCUUUACCAAGAGAUCUGCCAUUCUUACCCACCCUGGUCUGUGUGUGUGACUGCAGGCACCCUUCUCUGGGCCAACUCUCAAUUCUCAUUCAGUUGAUGAAAGCCAACACGUUGUCUCCUUGCAAGCAGAUGGAGGGAAAUGGGGGAUGAACAAUAAAUGCUGUCUUCCACAGCAAUCCAAUCCCCACAUAAGACAUAGGAGUAAAGUAGGGUACGCUGCCCUUCCACCAUGGCUGACUUAUUAGCCAUUUCAACCCCAUUCCCCUGCCUUCUCCCCGCAACAUUUGACCCUUUAAUAAUCAAGAACCUAUCAACCAUCACUUUAAAUAUACUCAACAACUUGGCCUCCACAACCAUCUGUGACCAUGAAUUCCACAGAUUCAACACUCUGGCUAAAUAAGUCCCUCCUCAUCUUUCUUCAAAAGGGACGUUCUUGUUUUCUGAGGCUGUGCCGCUGGUCCGAGGUUCCCUCCCUUCAGGAAAAAUCCUCUCCACCUCUCUGCAACCACUCUAUCUAGGCCUUUCAAUAUUCGAUAGGCUUCAAUGAGAUCCUCCCUCGUUCUUCUAAACUCCAGCGAGUACAGGCCCAGAGCCUUUAAACGCUCUUCAUACGUUAACCCUUUCAUUCCCAGGACCAUUCUCAUGAACCUCCUCUGGACCCUCUCCAAGGCCAGCAUAUCCUUUCUUUGAUAAGGGGCCCAAAACUGCUCACAAUUCUCCAUGUGGUCUGUCCUAUGCCUUGAAGCCUCAGCAUUACACACUUUUAUAUUCUAGUCCUUUUGAAAUGAGGCUAACAUUGCAUUUGCCUGCCUUCCUACACAAGGACUCUCAAAUCCCUUUGCUACUCUGAGUUCUAAAUUUCCUCCCAGUUUAGAAAAUAAUCUACACCGUUAUUCAUUCUGCCAAAGUGCAUGACCACACACUUCCCGACACUGUAUUCCAUCUACCACCUCUUUGCCCAUUCUCCCAAUCUGUCUCAGUCCUUUUGCAUCUCCCUGCUUCCUCAACACUACCUGCCCCUCCACCUAUCUCUUUAUUGUUUGCAAACUUUACCACAAAGACAUCAAUUCCAUCAUCAAAAUCAUUGACAUAUAAUGUAAAAUCAUAGCUCCCAACACCAACCCCUGCAGAACACCACUAGCCACCAGCAGCCAACCAGAAAAGGCCCCCUUUGUUCCCACUCUUUGCUUCCUGCCAGUCAGCCAAACUUCAAGCCACGCUCAUGUCUCUCCUGUAAUACCAUGGGCUCUUACCUUGUUUAGCAACUUCAUAUGCGGCACCUUAUCAAAGGCCUUAUGAAAGUCCAAGUCAACAACAUCCUUUGCCUCUCCUUUGACUAUCCUGCCUCUUAUUUGCUCAAAGAAUUCCAACAGAUUUGUCAGGCAAGAAUUCCUUUGAAGGAAACCAUGCUGAUUUCAGCCUAUCUUAUCAUGUGCCUCCAAAUACCCUGAAACCUCAUCCUUAAUAAUGGACUCCAACAUCUUGCCGAUCACUGAAGUCUGGCCAACUGGACUAUAACUUCCUGCCUUUUGCCUCACUUCCUUCUUAAAGAGUGGAGUGACAUUUACAAUUUUCCAGUCCUCGGGAACUACUCCAGAACCUAUUGAUGAACAGACAAAAAUACAAAAAUACCUCAGGUGUGUGUGACCCACCCUGAGGGUGUAACGUGCAUGCCAGCCUCUCAGGUGCCCAUUUUGACCCAACAUUAGUGACACACCCAGUUUAAUAUGUUGUUGAUAAGAUGCCUGCAAGAUAGGCCUUGUUUUAAAAUAAUGUGAUGGUUAACAUGUUUAGAUACUAUUGGAGAGGAUGUAUCUCUGUGUGGGGUAUCUAUCCUUUGAUGUUGUGCAAACCCUUGUUCGAUACAAUUUUUUGAAUGGGCACUUGCUGUUCAGGGUAAUACUUCUUUUCAAAAGUGAAGCAAAGAUACCUGGAGACAAAAGCUUUACUUCCAAUAAAAAUAAGAGUAUAUUAAAAAUAUAUUUAAUUAUUCUGAAUUUUACAAAUGUCAUUCACUAACCUCAGAGCAAAACUCCUGCUCACUGUGAAUGGGGGAUCGAGUACAGUUAUCACUAUGAGCCUGUUGCCUACAAUGCCACUCUGCCACACUGUUAUCUAAAACAGCCUUGCACAAGUAAAAGGUGCCACACAGAAGCUGGUUUAAUUAGAAACACAACAGUGCGCCAUGGCAGGGUAGCAGUUAGCGUGAUGCCACUGAAGCCCAGGGUGUUGGAGUCUGGAGUUCAAAUCCAGCGCCGUCGGUAAGGAGUUUGUACAUUCUCCCCGUGACCAGGUGAGUUUCCUCUGGGUGCUCUGGUUUCCUCCCACAGUCCAAAGAUGUACCGGUUAGCGGGUUAAUUGGCCAUUGGAAAUUGCCCCGUGGUUAGGCUAGUGUUAAACGCUGCAGCUGGGUCGCUGGGUGGUGUGGCUUGUUGGGGUGAAAGGCCCUGUUCUGCAGAAGUAAAAAAAAUAAAGGAGUGGUUUUGCAGAUGCUAGAAAUCCAGAGAUCCUCAGCCCAAAGUGUCAGCUCUUUAUUCCUUCGCAUAGGUGCUGCCUGGCCGCUGAGUUCCUCCAGCAUUUUGUGUUGUCCGCCGGUUUACUGAAGAGUGGAGAGCAGGUUUCAAAAGUGGGGUACCUUAUUUAGCUGGGAGGCCUGGAAGGGGAGCAGGAAUCCAGGUAGGAAGCCGGCCUAUCUCCACUCUCACCCUCCUCACCUAGAUCCACCUCUCACUUGCUGCCUGUUGCGCCGCACCUUCCCUUCACCUCUUUUGGCUGGUCUGUCUCAGUCCAGAUAAAGGCUUUAGAGCUGAAACACCAGCUGUCCAUCUCCCUCCAUUGAUUCUGCCUGACCCACUGAGGCCCUCCGGUUUAUCAGAACCAGAACCAGAUUUACUGUCACUGGCUUACGUGAAUGAAGGGUGUUGUUUUGUGGGAGCAGGACAGUGCAAAGGCAUAAAGUUACUAUAAAUUAUUGUUCAUGGGUUCCUGGAAACUGAUGGCCAAGAGGAAGAACUGUUCCUGAAUUGGUCUUCUGGCUCCUGUACCUCCUCCCGGACAGCGUUCAAAAUCGUGGUAUAACUCAGCACAGAAAUGAUUUACGAUUAGCUGCUGUAAUGGGUGAAUAUGUGGAACCUGCUUCAAUCACAAUAAACUACAUGUACUCUACUUAGCAAAGUUUAAAGAUGCUACUUACACACUGUUUGGAACAUCGAAGAGUACAAACCCUUCAGCCCACAAUGUUGUGCUGAACCAGCUAAAAAGUAAAGCAAAAAUCCCCAAAAAAAACUAAUCCCCCCUACCUACACAAUGUCAAUAUCCCUCCAUCUUCCUCAUAUUCAUGUGCCUAUCCAAACACCUCUUAAAAGCCUCUAACGUAUUUGCCUCUACCACCGUACCAGGCAGCCAUAACUCCGAGUAAAAAACUUACUUCUCACAUCCCCUUUGAACCUAUACCCUCUCACCCUCAAUGUAUGCCCUCUGGCAUUAGACAUUUCUACUCUGGGAAAAAGGUGCUCCCUGUCUGCUCUCUCGAUGCCUCUCAAUCUUAUAAACCCCUAUCAGAUCACCUGUCAGCCUCCACCGCUCUAAACAAAACAACCCAAGUUUGUUGUUAUUAUUGAACCAGACCUAUAUAAAGUUCAAAGAUCGAAGUAACUUUAUUAUCAAAGUACUUAUAAGUAAGUAACCAUGUGCAACCCUGAGAUUCACUUCCUGGUGGACAUACUCAAUAACUCCAAUAACCGUAAUAGAAUCGGUGUGAGACCGCAGCGACAGGGUGGACAACUACUGUGCAAAUACAAAAGGAAAGAAAGAAAAAUUUAAAAAUAGCAUUCUCAAUCACAUUUGAUGCCAAGUAUUUCUAUGUAAAGCAUUAUUAAUACAGGCAGCACAGGAGUUUCAACCCUGAGAAUAUCUUGUGAUCUAAAUUAGGCAGCAAUUUAAGAUGCAUAAUUUGCUGAGAUUGGGCAGGGAAAAAAAUCACUCCCCAACUAGCAAACUGCCUUUUUCUAAAGCUCCCUUUUGGAAAGCACUACAGGACUAUUAAAACAACAAGCUAUAUUCAAAGUAUCUUCCACACACAGUUAAUCCGAUCAACCAUUCUAAUUUGCCCACCCCUUUCUCUCUAUCUGUUACCUCAGUCACUGCAUUGUAAACACUUUAAACCACUUUAUAAUGCUGUUCCCAUUGAAAAUACUCUACAUGCUGGCAUCUAUGUAUUUAUGAGCUUUUUACACCAUAUCUGUCCUUUAACCUCCAACUUUCUUCUCAUAUAAUUCUUUAUAAUUGUUGAAUGUUUUUGUUGCAAGUCAUGCCCUGGUAACACACAAUAGCAAAUCCCUAAUUGAUCCUUGGAGAUUGAAAGGAUCGGCCUCAGCUAACAGGCCUCGCAGACCAAACGACAAUGGCCUUACAGUCAGGGACUAUUGUACGGUGACCUGCCAGAUCCAUUUGAGGGCAGCAGGGAUCAGCAGGGACUGCCGAGCUGUUUAGGUCAAAGUUCAGAAUCAGGUUUAUUAUCACCGGCAUGUGACGUGAAAUUUGCUAAUUUAGCAGCAGCACCUCAAUGCAAUACAUAAUCUAGCAGAGAGAGAAAAAAAUAGUAAAAAAUAAAAUAAAAGGUAACAAUAAAUAAACAAGUAAAUCAAUUAUGUAUAUUGAAUAGAUUAUUAAAAAAUGUGCAAAAACAGAAAUACUAUACAUUAAAAAAAGUGAUGUACUGCCCAAAUCUUCAAUGUCCAUUUAGGAAUCGGAUGGCAGAGGGGAAGAAGCUGUUCCUGAAUCCUGAACAGAUUAAAAAUAGUGCAAAAACAGAAAUAAUAUAUAGUUUUUAAAAAGUGAGGUGGUGUUCAAGGGUUCAAUGUCCAUUUAAGAACUGGAUGGCAGGGGGAAGAAGCUGUUCCUGAAUUGCUGAGUGUUUGCCUUUAGGCUUCUGUAUCUCCUCCCUGACAGCAACAAUCAGACAAGGGCAUGUCCAGAGUGAUGGUCCUUAAUAAUGGACGCCGCCUUUCUGAGGCAUUGCUCCUUGAAGAUGUCUUGGGUACUUUGGAGCCUAAUACCCAAGACGCAGCUGACUAAUUUUACAGCUUUCUGCGGUUUCUUUCAGUCCUGUGCAAUAGCCCCCCAUACCAGACAGUGAUGCAGCCUGUCAGAAUGCUCUCCACAGUACAACUACAGAAGUUUUUGAGUGUUUUAGUUGACAAACCAAAUCUCUUCAAACGCUUAAAGAAAAAUAGCCGCUGUCUUGCCUUCUUUAUAGCUGCAUCAAUAUGUUGGGACCGGGUUAGAUCCCCAGAGAUAUUCACACCCAGGAACUUGAAGGUGCUCACUCUCCAGUUCUGAUCCCUUUAUGGGGAUUGGUUCAUACUCCCUCGUCUUCCCCUUUCUGAGGUCCACAAUCAGCUUUUUCAUCUUACUGACAUUGUAUAUCUUGCUCUUGUACACCUUCUCAUCUCCAUUUGAGGUUUGACCAACAAUGGUUGUAUCAUCAGCAAAUUUAUAGAUGAUGUUUGAGCUACGCCUAGUCACAAAGUCGUGUGUACAUAGUGUGAUGGAAUCAUGGAUUACCCCUAUUAACUGUGCUUUUGAAGAGAGAGAGAGAGAGUUAUUUACCACCGAUAGCUUGUUUGUAAAAGAGAGAGAGAGAGAGACGAAGACUAACUGUUGGACCGUCACUUCAAGGAACGAGAAAGAACUGGUUAACUUCUGAAUUUCUGCUGGAGUUGGAGAGAGAUGGCACCGAGCAGCUCGUAAGUUGCUAUGGUGACCGAAGGCAGAUUGUUGAUACUUUUUCAAGGACUUUUUGCCUGCUUGCAUUUCUUCACAGACAAAGGAAGGAGGAGUUAUUUGAAUAACAGUUGAUGCUCAGUACAGGAAGAUAAAAUAGGAGGUUAGAUGAUACCGACCUCAGACGCAUGUUCUGGACACUGAAUGAGCAUUGUUGUGCCCGCAGAAAAAGUGGGUUUUGGAGGAUCGAUCAAUCGCUCUUGCAGUGGAAAGAGGAAAAGGGUUGACUGCUAGGGAGUUGUCCAUGUGUCCAGCCUCACCUGGGUGAUAGCUCCACCACAGAAAACUGGUCCCCUUUGUUAAAGUCACAGUCGAUGACUUUUAAAGGAUUUCAAAGGACAACGGGAAGAUCAACGGCAUCAGCUCACCUGAAGACUCAAAUCUCUCCCUCUCUCCAUCACUACUCAACUCAAUACCACGAACUGAACUGAACUUUACUCAUCAUUGUAAGACUGUAUCUUUUUACCCCAAGACUGAAAGAAGCUUGGUUUUUCAUACAUAUAUAUUUCCACACUUACUGAUAUACUUAUAUAUAUAAUCAUUACUAACCUGUUUGAUUUAUCUACAUUUAUAUUACUGUAUUGCGUAGUUACUAAUAAAUA